CUGACUACCACAACAACAAAGCAUCAAUUUAAUAACUAAAGUACAGGUGUAUUGUUCUUUUUCCACGUUUGUAUUCAGGCUGCUGCCCUACAUAAUCAUGGAAGAUGUACAAUCAACCAUGGUACCAAAGUACACUGCAAGAUUCUUCAUUGCAUCCUCUUGUUUAAGUUUCAUGUUUUUUACAAUUCUAACAUGUUUUAUAAGUCCAAUCAUUUCAAGAAUAUUUAUCAGUUAUGGAAGGCUAUCUAAAUCAAAGCAGUGUGACUGGGAAACAAGAAUUGCCUCUAAUUUACAUGCUGUUAUUGUCAGUGGUAUUUCUAUAUAUUGYUUGCUAUUUGACCAUGAAACAAAUGCAAAUCCUAUUUGGAAUGAUUCCUUCUUACCAAGACUUGGAGUUGCCAUUACUUUAGGAUAUAUCAUAUCAGAUUUCUUUGUGAUUGUUAUUAACUAUAAUCUAAUUGGAGAUGAUGCUAUGCUGAUACAUCAUGUAAUGGCAAUCAUUGCUUAUGUCUUUGUUGUUGGAAUUGGUCUCUUACCAUUCUUUGCAAACUUUCGUCAGCUGGCUGAAUGUUCAACAGUCUUUGUGAAUCAAAGGUGGUAUUUCUCAGUUAUUGGAGAGCCUCAUUCAUCUCGGAGCUUCCUAAUAAAUGCUUGGUCGAUGGUUAUAUCGUUUUUCCUUUGYCGUAUAGCGGUCAUUCCAUAUUACUACUAUAAAUGCUUUAUUGUAUGGGACACACCUGGAAGRCGACUACUGGGAGUCAUACCUCAGACUUUAUGGAUCUUCACCAGUACUGUACUGGACGUUCUUAACGUAUUUUGGAUGACCAAAAUGAUACGAGGUGGUAUUAAAAUUCUAAAGGCACAAAGCAARAAACAGUAGAAACAGGAAUUACAUGAUAUUUUAACAAAUCAAUUUUAUAGCAGAAUUAUAUAAACAUAGUCUUUCGCAUGGAAGGCCUUAUUUGAACGAAAUUUGUUAUCUGUUUUAAAUCAAGUUAUCGUACUUGACKUACUGAUAUUCAGUGUUUCACCAGUGUAAUAUAGGUUGAGAAAUGUUUCUAUUGUGAAUACAGAAUCGAAUGUAGAUUGUACCAUUUUAGGUAUUAUUUCCGAUUUUUGAUAUAGUCUAUUCUAUUAUGAUUUUCUUUAUUUACAGUAGAUUCCGUCGAAAGAGAUAUAUUGGAGAACUAAUGAAAUAAUUACUAUUUUCGGUAAUAUUUGUCCUUAUAUCGGGUGUAUCACUUGUAUCAUGGGUAAUUCCAUAUAAUCUCCUUUCUUCACUAAAUAAGACCCAAAAUAAAUCCAACUCUAUAUUUAAGCGACGUUUACACGAGCAAUUUUUCCUAGACAAGGAAAAAUUGCUGGUGUAAAUGGAGUAAAAUGGACAAUUUUUCCUUGUUAAGGAAAAGCCAACAUGUCCGCUUUUCCUUGACAAGGAAAAAUUGUCAAGGACGAAAUUUGCUCGUGUAAAUGGACAACAAGGGAAAUG